UCUCCGUGCUCUGAUUGGUCGGCUCGGGGUUGCCAGUGCAGUCGUCAGAACUGGUCGUGUCGUGUGUUGAUUUCAGAAGUCAUCAUGGCGCUCACUUCCCCAGUCGAAGAGCACCCAUAUAGUCAUCUAAUCGACACACUGAAAGAUGGCAACAAGUUUUUCAGUCCACAGAAAUUAAAUGAUCCAAGAUAUGACCAGCUGCCUCUGUCCAUCCGUGUCUUACUGGAGGCAGCAAUUCGUAACUGUGAUGGCUUUUAUACAAAAGAAGAAGACGUCCAAAACAUUCUGGAUUGGCAGCAGCAGCAGAAUAGGGCCGAGGUGCCGUUCUCUCCAGCGCGAGUCCUUCUCCAGGACUUCACUGGUAUUCCUGCCAUGGUGGACCUGGCAGCCAUGAGGGACGCCGUGGCCAAACAUGGCGUGGACCCCAGCCUAGUCAACCCUAAAUGCCCCACAGACCUCAUCGUAGACCACUCAUUGCAGAUUGAUUAUAGCAAAUGUGCCAUACAGAAUGCACCAAACCCAGGUGGAGGAGACGGCCCAAACCAGAGCCAGGGUCCUUCCCGUUCCACACCCUCCAGGCGAGGCUCACAGUGUGGGGGCCAGCGGGGCUCCUGUAGUAAAGCUGCCUGCAGUGACUCUCCAGCCUCCUCGGGUCGACCUGCAGCCUCUGUCCAGCAGAUCGAGAAUACGCCCCUCCUUUGCCCUUUCCACCUGCAGCCUGUGUCUGAAACUGAAACAGCUCUGAAGAAUCAGGAAAUGGAACUGAUCAGAAACAAAGAGAGGCUUCAGUUCUUUAAGUGGUGUUCAAAAGCAUUUAAGAAUGUGAACAUGGUUCCUCCGGACAUUGGUGCAGUCCACCAGAUGAAUCUGGAGUAUCUGUCCAGAGUGGUCCAGGUCACCGACGGUUUCAUCUACCCCGACAGUGUGGUGGGAACCGACUCACACACCACCAUGAUCAAUGGCCUGGGCAUCCUGGGCUGGGGUGUUGGGGGAAUCGAGUCAGAAGCCGUGAUGCUGGGCCAGCCAGUGUCGCUGACCCUUCCACAGGUGGUGGGCUGUAAACUGGUGGGCUCCAUCAACCCCCUAACCACAUCCAUUGACAUUGUCCUCGGCAUCACAAAGCACUUGCGGCAAGCUGGGAUCGCUGGAAAGUUUGUAGAGUUUUUUGGACCUGGUGUCUCCCAGCUGUCAGCUCCCGACCGAACCACCAUCGCCAACAUGUGCCCAGAGUACAACGCUACUGUCAGCUUCUUCCCUGUCGACCAAGUCACACUCAAGCACUUUAAAAAGACAAAUUUUACACAGGAAAAACUUGAAUUGCUGGAGUCUUACAUGAAGGCUGUAAAACUUUUCCGAAUCUAUGAAGACCCCUCAGAAGACCCCCAGUACUCUGAGGUGAUUGAGAUCAACCUGAGUUCCAUAAUGCCCUAUGUGAGCGGACCGAAGAGGCCUCAGGACAGAGUGGCAGUCAGCAGCAUGAAAGAAGACUUCCAGAGCUGUCUUGAUGAGAAGGUUGGCUUCAAAGGCUUCCAUAUCGCUAAGGAGAAGCAGGACACGCGGGUUCCUUUCCUGCACUGUGGUCAGGAGUAUCAGCUGUCCCACGGCUCGGUGGUCAUCGCUGCCGUUAUCAGCUGCACCAACAACUGCAACCCCUCUGUCAUGCUGACCGCAGGUCUACUGGCCAAAAAGGCUGUGGAGGCGGGGCUUGUUGUCAAGCCUUAUAUACGGACCAGCCUGGCUCCUGGAAGUGGCAUGGUCACUCACUACCUCAAUACCAGUGGAGUCCUGCCUUACUUUAGCCAGCUCGGAUUUGAGGUGAUUGGUUACGGCUGUGCCACCUGUGUAGGGAACACGGCUCCGUUACCAGAAGCUGUCGUGGAUGUAAUCAAACAGGGAGACCUGGUGGCCUGCGGUGUGUUAUCUGGCAACAGGCACUUUGAAGGCCGCCUGUGUGACUGCGUGCGUGCCAACUACCUGGCCUCCCCUCCCCUAGUGGUGGCUUAUGCUCUUGCGGGCACUGUGGGAAUCGACUUUGAGAAAGAGCCUCUGGGUGUGACUUCGGAGGGGAAGGAGGUGUACCUCUGUGAUAUCUGGCCAACCAGGGAGGAGGUCCAACAGACUGAGGAGGACAGAGUCAUCUCCUCCAUUUUUAAGGAUCUCAGGGGAAGAAUGGAGAAAGGGAACAUGCUUUGGAACAACAUUGAAUGUCCAGAUUCUGUGGUUUUCCCCUGGGAUCACAAGUCCACAUACAUCCGUUCGCCGUCAUUCUUCAGCAAGUUGAGUAUAGAGGUGCCGCCUCCUCAGUCGAUAGAGAGCGCUCAUGUCUUACUGUUCCUCGGCAACAAAGUGACGACGGACCACAUCUCGCCAGCGGGCAGCAUAGCCAGGGUCAGCGCCGCUGCCAAGUACCUGCUGAGCAAACGCCUGACACCGCGGGAGUUUAACUCGUAUGGCGCUCGCAGAGGGAACGACGCAGUGAUGACCAGAGGCACGUUUGCCAGCAUCAAGCUCCAAAAUCGAUUCAUCGGAAAACCAGGCCCUAAGACUUUGCACAUUCCUUCAGGCCAGACACUGGAUGUCUUUGAGGCAGCUGAUCGCUACCAGAGAGACGGCAUUCCCCUCAUCAUCCUGGCAGGCAAGGACUACGGCUCGGGAAACUCCAGGGACUGGGUAGCCAAAGGACCAUACCUGCUGGGGGUACGCGCAGUCAUCGCCGAGAGCUUUGAGAAGCUCCACAAGAACCAGCUGGUGGGAAUGGGCAUCAUACCGCUCCAGUUUCUGCCCGGUGAGAACGCAGACUCGCUGGAGCUCAGCGGGAAGGAGCGGUUCACCAUCACCCUGCCAGACAGCCUGAGUCCCAGGCAGCAGCUUACUGUCAAGACCAGCCAAGAAAAGUCCUUCUUCGUCACUGCACUGUUUGACACCGAGAAGGAUGUUAUAUUUUUCCGGCACGGAGGUCUCCUUAGAUACGUUGCUCGGACUUUGCUCUGAAACAGCCUGCAGCCCGGUCCCCAAGCCCUGCUGAUCGUGCCAAGCAGUCAUCAUUUCACCAGAUUGUCAGCAUGGAUGGAAAAAAAAGAACAGCUCAUUGGAGCGACAUAAAGACUGAUGAUUUGUCUGUUUGAGCUGGAUGAACGUCUCUAGACUUUUGGGGUCAUGAGAUGUCAGUUUUCAGACCUGUACCGGAGCCUCUUCUUCAUCACUACACGUGACUACAGUCAGUUGCAACAGUAGACAGUCAAAGUGCAGGAAGACGUGGUUUUCACUCAAUAAGAAGAUUGUACCCUAGACAACAUUUGAACAUCAUUAUUUGUGUUUGAUUGUGUUGGAGACUGAAUUAACCACGUCCUGAGGGGACAUCUCUUUCAGCAUUGAGUUGAUCCAAGAAGAAAUGAAUCGUGUCUGCUUCUGUUGUUGUUUAACAAAAUAAAUACAUAAAACAAUCCUACCUAGAAAGGUUUACAUGGUGCUAGGUACUACAGCAUGCAUACAUUGUUUUUAGGGUGCGGUAUAGCCUGUUUUUAUCAAUCAGCCUGUUUAAUUUUGCAGAAUUGAUGUCAUUUGCCCAUAUUUCUUAUUGGGGCCAAACAAUCUUAUGUAAAUUAAAAUUCUGUUGAAAUUGCUUUAGUCAAAUUCCUUUUCCCUUUAGCAGUUGCCUCCUGAUACUCAAUUUGUGUUAUGUGGAAAAUGUGAAAUCUGUCUUUUUUGCUGUAUCACUACUCCCACUGCAACUGACAGUUCUUUGCAUAACAUUAAAGGUAAAUUAUACAA